UAACUGACCAAAAUAAAAUUAAAUCUCUGUGAUGUUUGAAGAAAAUUUGAACUGUAUCAUUUUAUUUUUGGGUUGGCUGAUGACUUUGAAGUAGCAAUUAUUAUUUCAAUUUAAUUAGGAAAAAAAUCACAUCCGUAUAUUUUGAUACAAAAUAUAUUAUAACGGACUUUAAAUUCAGUUAAUUUUUUAAAAAGCCUAAAUUAUUGUUAGUCAAUGUAAAUAGCAAUAAAUUAUAAAAAUUAAUAUUUAAUAUUUUUUUCUUUUUUUAGAUAAUUAAAACAUAGGUUAAUUUGAAAAAAAAAAAAGUGCAUCCGGUGUAAGGGCAAAAUCGGCUGAUGACAAUGGAAAAAUGAACUGAUCCAUCUAGGAGAAAGCAGAACCCUUAGGUAUAUGAGAAGGACAAGGCUUGGCAUAUAUAUAUCCAAAUGAUCUUUGUUGUUGUUGAUUAACAAUUUUUCAUUUAAUUUCUUACCGAUUAACAAUUUUGACCCUUGUUGUUGUUGAUAAAAAUAUUAAUGGCAUGUGCAGCCUCAAACAGAAAAAUCCAACGAAGCACUUCAACUAAACUCAAACUCCCCAGAAAAAAUAUUUAAUGAACCCUCCCCCUUCUUUGAAAAACCCUCACCAGCCUCCCAAGCCAACCUGAAAGAGCUCAUAGGUCACAACAAAGACAAAAAAAUGUCUCGAGCUCUCCUCUCCAUAGCCAUCACCGCCCUAUCUAUUCUUAACAAUAUUGCCUCCCCGGUCCAAGCCAACUAUGCCGGCCUCGUUAAAGAGGACUUUAUCAAGCUGAGCCCGAGGGCCGGUAGCCGACUUCUCGCUGAAAAUCCAAAAAAUGGGAAGCAUUAUUGCUCAUCGGAGGAAAGUAAUGUGUGCCACGCUGAAACAACCGGAAGGAAACGGAACGAGCAGCUGAGCUGCUGUAAGAACCAAUGUCGUGAUGUCCUCUCCGACCGAAACAAUUGCGGAUGUUGCGGCCACAAAUGCAGCUUCGGGCAACUUUGCUGCAACGGCGUUUGUGCGACCGUGGCUUAUGAUGUUAACAAUUGCGGCGAAUGUGGUAAAGUUUGCAGGCAUAAGCAGCGGUGCGAGUACGGCACCUGUGGUUACGCUUGAUUUAUAAAUAUAUAUAUAUUUAUAUAUACUUUUAAAAGUGUCAAGGUUAGUUAGUAUAUGAAUAUCACAAGUGUUAUCUAUCUAUUGAUUUUAAAGAUUUAUUUCGAGCUU